ACGCGUAAGAUUCCCCUCGAGGGACGCCAUUCGCGGUUUCCGCGAUUCCCUCAAAAUGGCCGCACCGCAGUCUGCUAUCAGCUGGCCGAUAAAGAUCGACUCUUCGUGAGAGAGGAAGACGUCUCGGAGAAAAAUCCUCCUGAGAGGAUUUGCAAAGCACCUUGCCAUAGGAUUUUCGACUGUGCACCAUGAAGGGGUUCACCAACGACAACAACGCGCGGUGGCUCAGACUGGCAUUUAUUGGACUUUUGAUUAUCGUCCGUGUAAGUACUUUCGAGAGACCAUGGACACCGUGGACCAUCGUUUCUGGGACCCUUGAUAGAACGAAUCCGAGAACCGUUCACAGCCUGAGAUGGCCCUUGCAAAGCGGAAACACAGAAUCCCUGCAAACUCUCUCGAAUCAGUACGAAGUUUGCGGCACGAAAGCUUGUCGAGAGACAGCCGAUGAGAUCCUGCAGAAUAUGAAUCCGACCUUGGACCCUUGCGAGGAUUUUUACGAGUUCGCCUGCGGAGGAUGGAGAAAAAGAUAUGCUGUACCGCACGCAGGAACCGCUUGGAACCAAUUUGUUUCUUUGAACACGAAAAAAUUUAACCAGAUUUUAACAAUUUUAAGGCAGAGCAGCAAGCCUGGCGAAAUUCAGGCAGUCAGGAAAGCGAAAGAAUUGUUCCGAGCCUGCAUGAACACAGAACAAAUUGAAAAAAGAGGAGUCGGUCCUCUCGUUUCGCAGCUCCAGAAAAAUGGCGGCUGGCCAAUGACAAUAAGUCCUCGAGCCUGGGACUCGAGAAAUUUCACUUGGCAGAAAAUCAGUCAAAGUUACGCAAAAUUGAUAGUAGAAUUCCCUCUGUUCACAAUCGACAUUGCUGCCGACUUAAAAAACGCUGGUGUUUACGUUGCAACGAUAGACCAAAUCGGACUGACCUUGCCACAUUCAGUGAUGAUCAAUAGACGACAACAUACUAAACAUAUAGGAACCUAUGCAAAAUUUGUUAAAAAUGUGGCACUCGCACUGGCUGACCCAAAGGUGAAUGAUGUUUCGCCAUUGACUAUUUCAAAGGACGUGGAGGACAUGAUCAAUUUUGAAAUUGAGUUGGCGAAGUUAAUGCCGUUAAACGAGGAAAGAAAGGAUCUGGAUCGAAUUUACAACCCGAGCACCAUCUCCCAGUGGCAGGAAACUUACAACAGAGUGCCUACAAGACACGAGACUGCAAAGAUUGACUGGCUGGACAAUAUUCGAACUGCGUUCGAAAGUACAAAUGUCAGUAUCGAGAAAUCGGAAAGGAUCGUCAUUCACGAGAAGGAGUAUCUUCUGCAUCUUGCUUCUCUACUCGAUCGCACACCUGCAAGAACAAUUGUGAAUUACGUCCACUGGAGGUUCAUAAGACACAUGUUGACUUACACCAACGAAAAACUGACCAAGCUGCUCUUCAACUUCAAAAGAGAAUUGCUCGGCAUCUCUGAAGAACAACCGCGGUGGCUAAAAUGCGUAGUACAGAACGAGAUGGUCCACGCAGUGUCGUACCAAUUUGUGAAGAACUAUUUUUCCGACAAAGCGAAAACGAACGCCAGGGAGAUGGUGUCGGAAAUCAAAAAGGAAAUGGAAUCGGAAAUUUCAAGGUCGGACUGGAUGGACCGAUCCUCGAAAACGCUGGCCAGGGAAAAAUUGAGGAAUGUCGUGGACUUCAUUGGCUAUCCUGAUUGGUACCGAAGUCCAGUUGCAAUGAACUCGUUGUACAGUGAUCUGGCAGUGGGGCCGAAUUAUUUCGAAAAUGCCCUGAACUAUGCAAAAUUUUCUCGGAAGAAAACCUUAGAGUUUCUCAGGAGACCCGUGCACAGGAGACAAUGGAUCGGAGUUCCCAUGGAAGUUAACGCUUUUUAUUACCACAGCGGAAAUUCCAUAACUCUGCCAGCUGGAAUCUUACAGAUCCCGUUCUUCGACUCUGAUCUUCCGGAUGCGGUUAAUUAUGGCGGCAUCGGGGCUGUGAUCGGCCACGAAAUAUCUCACGGAUUCGAUGAUAUUGGUCGGCGAUUCGAUAAAAAUGGGAAUAUAGUACAGUGGUGGUCGAACCAAACGAUUGCAUCUUAUAACCAAAAAGCAAGAUGUUUCAUCAAUCAAUUCAAUGGAUACGUAGUGAAAGAGUUGCAAUCACUAAACAAAUACAUUCAUGCCAAUGGCGAAUUAACGCUGGGGGAGAACAUCGCAGAUUCGACUGGUCUUCAUGCAGCUUUCGAAGCCUUUCGAGCAAAAUCGAAAAGAAAACCCGGAAACCGUGUUCUGUUACCCGGGCUUGAACAAUUCAACGACGAACAGCUGUUCUUCCUUUCCUUCGCAAAUACAUGGUGCGACGCAGUGAGGCCAGAAUCAUUGUUGUACACCAUAAAAACGGAUCCCCAUAGCACAUCUCGAUUAAGGAUAAUUGGCACCUUAUCCAAUACAGAAUCUUUUGGUGAAAUCUUCCAAUGCCCCACAGGCCGACCAAUGAAUCCCUCAAGAAAGUGUAUCCUGUGGAAAUGAAACUAGCAAAAAUAUCAGAAAUAGCAAAUCAGAGAAUCAUUACUCAAUGACAGUACAAUGAACUUGUAAAUUAACAUUUUUCAGAGAUAAUUGUACCUUAUAGUUUAGACGAUAUUGUUGACACAUUUUUAUUGUACAUAGCUGCUACACAAAAUGUUAUAUGCCUAGAGUCGGCCGUCUACCGUAAUGUUAGUUCCAUUUAUUAAUUAAACUAUAAGAGCUCGGUGAUUGCAAUUAACGAAUUACCAAAUUGAAUUGAAAGUUAACCUCGUUUAACCCCGGCCAUUCUUGCGCCGAGUCGCGUUUCUGCCUUCCGGAUGGUCGGCACUGAGAAAUGUCUGAAAUGUGAUUGCCUAUGGAAAAUCAAUAAUAUUUAUAUUUAUUUAGAUACCUAAGAAUUUCGUUGUAAAAUAAUGUGAAUAUAAUAAGUAUUUGAAA